AUGAGUGACACCCGACAGCCUCUUCCCCCAAAGCUCCCAAACAAUUUUCUGAAUCAGUUCGAAAAACUGUCCCGGGAGCAGGCAGGACACCUACGGCACUUCCAUAACCUCGCAACGAGGAGAGAUGGCGAUUGGGGCCCUAUGGGCUCACAAGAGCCUGGGCAGGAGUGGCUUGAUGCCUACCGGUACCAGCUAGCUACCAUGGCCUACGCUGCCGGGGCUGCACACUAUCACCGAAUGCCUGCCCUCAGAUCGCCAUUUAAGUCUUUGAUGGAAUGUUUGAUUCGAAAGAUGCUACACCGGGACGUCUGGGGAUACUGGUUUCUAACCAGCCAUAGUGGAAAAUUCGUGGAUCCAGAUAUUGAAGAAUUGAGGAAACCUCGGCCAGACCCGAUUAUAAUUGGGAUGCGGUACAAUGAUAUCCGUGACGGGACAAAUGUUGCGACAGAUUUGCUUAAGAAGUACACUGCUGCAUGGGAGGCCAAAGGUAUGGCACAAGAGAACGGGCUAUUCAUCCAAUGGUACUCGCCCAAGCAAGGCACUAGAAAGCCAGCUUCUGACCUUGGAUUCACGGCUUGGGCUGCGGCGUUCAUGAAUGCCUGGAAUCCAAUCCUUGCACAUCAGACCUUUCAAAAUCAAGCUACGGGGUUCCUCUCACGUGUUGAAGGGAACAGAGUCAACGUCAAUCCUGGUCCGCUAGCAUUCGCCAUUCGAGAACUCGUUGAAAAAGAUGGAGUGGAUCCAGAUUCUUCCUCAACAAUCCAAACGGCACAGGAACUCGUUGAAAAGAACCCUGAUCCUCGAGAGCCUCCUUUCUCGCGCCCGCUAUUUGGCUACGUCCUCAAAUGGGUGUCCGAGGUGGGAGAUAAAGCCACCCUUGAUGGCCUGCUAAAUCAUGUGGAUCGAUACUUCCAGCCGACAUGGGAGGACGGGGGUCUUUAUUAUCCUGUCAAACCUCAGGAACCGGAUAGCCUGAACUGGACAGAGGUUGAACCGCUCACAGGGAACAGCGCCGUUGGAUACGCACGUCUUAAUGUCUUUGACGGCCAGAGGAAAAUGUGGACCGACCCAUGGACCCCCAAGCAUGUCUCAAGCGCUCCAUUUGUGAAGGGUAUUAAUCUAGGCAUUGGCAGGGACUUUCUGAGGGGCUGCUGGAAUGAAACUCUCAAUGCAAGGGUGGUGACGAUGCGGUCAUGGGAUGGGACAAGGAAGAAGGGUGAGUUCGAAUGUUGUAACCUUCCUGUUGGUCAGUAUGGAGUUUACCAUAAUGGCGAGUUGACCGAUAUCCGCGAUGUUACCCAACCCGGGGAUACAAUCGAGGUAUCUGUAGAUGUGACUGGCGAGGAAUUUGAUAUGGUAUUGCUGAAAGCCUAA